GACUAGUUCCUGGUUGUUGCGAAAACACGCUUUCGGCGGUGUGUUAGCAUUUCUCACAACUUCAACUUUUAAAAAGCAUGGAAUUAGCGGGUUCUUAGUUGGUUAAAGAGAUAUCAAUAGCUUCGAAAUUUAACUGUAUCUGUUUCAGAUUUUGCCCAAUGUGUAAGUCUGUGGGCAGAGUUUGCUUACAGUAGGUUUGCCACUCUGCAAACGCUAGCUAACAUUUUUGCUAGCUACCCUCCCGUUCAAAAUGACUGACUGCUGCGCUGCAGCGAACUGUGAUUAUCAGCAGCAGCAAUCCGAAAACACCACUCUGCUCGUCAGCUUUCCUCUGGAUCCAGAGCGCUGCAAGCAAUGGCUGAACAACUGUGCUCGGCAGGAUUUGGCAUCAGAACCUCCAGAGCAGCUGAACAAGUUGUACAGACUUUGUGCAAAACACUUUGAGCCCUCUAUGAUCUCUCAUCAGAGUACAUCCAGUUGUGUGUUAAAAGAAGAUGCUGUUCCUACAAUAUUUAAUGUGACACUGCCUGUGAAUAAACAGCCAGCUGCUAACAGGAAACGAGCAAGAGAUCCCUCGGAAGAAGAAGCAGCCGCUGCGAAGAAAACAAAAGAAAAUGCACCAGCAGAAGUGAAAGAAGAGGCUAAAGAACCAGCUGGGGAGAACAGUGAAGCGACUGAACUGCAAACCGAUAACCAAACCCACGAGGAUGUCGCUGUCUCCAAAGCAAAAGAGACUCUGAAAGCUUAUUUCAAGGAGAUCCUGGCAUUGACGGGAUUCAGCAUCAACGGCGCCAACAUCAGCGCUGAGCAGCCAAUCGGAGGUGCAAACGGCCAGCAGGCUCUCAGUCGAACCUGCCUGGAGAAAAUAGACAAAAAAGAAAUCCUGCAGUUCAGUGAACAUCUCAUGAGGGAGGAGAUUCAGAACAGCCUGACACUGGCCCGGUUCUUCUCCAUUCUGCUGCAGGAUGUGACGAGCAUAGAAGGAAAGGAGCAGAUUCCAGUUUUUAUCAGAUCGGUUACUAUUGCUGGUUUCCCCCAGAAGCAUCUCAUUGGCUUCUUACCAUGCGACUUAGAUGGAGAGAAUAUGUUUUACAUGCUCCUCUCUGAGCUGCGAAGUAAGUGGGGGCUGAGGAUGGAGCACUGCAGGGGACUCACUUAUCUCAUUACAGGUAGCAUGUGUCAGAAAAUGAGAGAUCUCACAUGCAGGAUCCUGCAGGAGUUUCCGCAAGUAGUUUUGUCGCCCAGUGAUCCAUAUGCAUUUAAUAUAUGGAUCAUUCGCUGCAUGCCUGUCCCCUCAAUCCAGAAGGUUGCAGACACUGUAGAGGAGGUGGCCUCAUUACUCAGGAGAACCCCAGAGCUGAACAGACGAUUGGAAGGAAAGAUCCAGAUGACAUACGGGCAUUUAAAAGGAGAAGUCGACAGAAUCAGAACGGCUAUCAGUGGAAACUGGGAAUAUGGCACCGAUGCCUUCCAGACCAUGCUAGAAAUCCUUGAGCCAUUUCUCACAUGCAUCAAUGAGAUCAUUUCCAAAGUGAACGAAGACACAGCUGAACGGUUGGCCAGGCUCAAGCCAGUUUUAAAGAAUUUCAAUUUCAUCAUAACACUUGUUGUUCUAAAAAACACCCUCUGUUGUGUGAGCAUACUUAACUCCAGUCUCAGGGGAAUCAUAAGCAUCAGCAGUACCUUACAGUACACAAUCUCCAAUGCCUUAAAGCUGGUCAGCAAAUACCAACAAGAGCUGUCGAUUUUUCACCGAAAAUGGUUUUCUGAUGCAGUUGGCCGUGCAAAAAAGCUGGGAGUGGAGGUCACUAAGCCAGACCUAACCCAGGCAGAGCCAACUGACACGCCACUGGAGGACCUUUACAGAGAGACCCUGAGCCGGCCCAUCUUGCAGUAUCUUGUUGCAGAGGUGAAGCGAGUGUUCAGCACAGAAAUGGUGAGAAUCCUCAGGUGGCUCUCGUUAGUUCCGUCAUACAUGGCAGACCACAAUUUCAGCAUCCGCAGAGAUAAAGUAGCAGACGCCAACUUGAACAACCUUGCRCGCCCGGACACGUUCUACGAGGAGCUUGGUUGUUGGGAGGUGAAGUGGAGGCAUGCAAGCAAACGCAGAAUCCUGCCAACUACAGUGUUUGCGACGCUCAAGAUACCAGACAUUGGGUUUUACCCAAAUGUGCAAAGCUUGCUGAGGGUGUUGGGUACUGUUCCGUGUGUAAAUGCAGAGGCUGAUGUGUACGGCCAGUACCACAUGGUUCUGGAGCGAUGUCAGUCCUACCUGAAAGCAACACCGGACGACCAACGACAGUGUAGCAUGGCGUUUGUUUACGUGAACCAGGACGUGCACUUCAGUGUUGAAAAAAUGGUGGAGACGUAUGUUCAGAAACAUCCUGAUGUCCUGCAGAUGCUGCAGAUGGACGGUGACGCAACAGAAAAGCCUUUACAAGUGGCGGCCCAUGUAAACCAUGCAGAAAAGGAUACUGAAGAAGAACUACAGCUCAUAAAUCUAGAGAUGGAUGCUGAUAGGCUUGUGGAGUUGAAAUGUGCAGAGACAGAUAGAGAAGCUCUCAAAUCUGCUCUGCAGGCUGCGGUGGUGGCUUCUUGCAGUCAGGGCAAGUCGGAUAGUGAUGCCUGUCCGGCUCAAGAUGGAGAUGUUGAGUAUGUGACCAAGUCUGAAAUGAACGAGGUUCUCACUGUGUGUGAGAAAGCAGUGAGGGAGGGGAUCCUCAUGGAGGUGGGGAGUUCAUUUUUUUCUCUGGUUAUUGACCGUGUUGUGAAACUUGGGCAGAGGGACUACCUUCCACUCUUCAUCAGGUUUGUGGACAGUUUUGAUGUCAUGAGAUUUGAGUUGUUGGGGUUUAUUGAGGCAGAUCUUGAAUGUGAUGUCUUGAUAAGAAGUCUUAUGGAGAAAAUAACGGUGGAGUGGCAUCUUGAUUUAAGUAACUGCAGAGGUCAGGCUUACCUUGGCUCUGGAGAUGUUUCAUACAAGCUUAAAGCCUUUGCCUGUAAAGUCCAGGAGAAGCAUCCUCUUGCUAUAAGCACACACUGUUCGUCUUAUUCUUUCAACACAUGGUGGUCAAAAUCAAUUCCUGUGGCUGCAGUGAAGAGAGCCCUGGACACAUUUGAAGAAGUCAUGAUGUUUUUUGGCAGCUGUGCUGCUUUGGAAAAACAGCUUGACCAUGUGAUUGCCUUUGGUCUUAGGGAGAGUUAUGAAAAGGUCCAAGAGUUACAGGGGAAGUUCUGCACUAUUUGGCAGCAGGAGCAUGAUUCUUAUGAGGUGUUUGUGCAGAUGCUUGAGCCCCUAGUUGAAUGUCUUGAGAAGAUCAAGAAUCACCCACAGAGAUGGAAGGCCUCUGUGUCUGAGCAAGCAGGAGUCCUUCUUUGCAAGGUGACAGAGUUUGAUUUCAUCAUUGCAAUGGUGGUGUUGAAGAAUGCAUCCUCUUUCACCAAAGAGCUAAGUGCAGGUCUUCAGAAGGAUCAGUUCACUGCUGCGUCUCAGCUGUGCCAGAUUGAUGGGAUUAUGGCCACUCUAAACAGAGUGAAAACCAACAUGAAGUUGUUUCACCAGAACUGGUUUGAUGAAGCCUGGGCAAUAGCCCAGAGUCUCACAGUACAGGUGGAUGGGCAUGACAACUCUGUCCUAAAGGACGGUAUGAUGAAGUCAGUCGCAAUUUACAAAGAUAAUUUGAGUGUGCCCCUUGUAGACAACCUUCUCAAUACUGUGAAGGACCAUUUUUCAGACGACCACAAAGAAGCUCUCAACUUCCUCUCCCUGGUUCCAUGUUCAGUCACAGUGAGUUACAUGUUUGAGAGUUUGAAGUCAAAGCCGCCUCUCUACAGUAGCGAUCUCCCCGAUGCUGACAACUUCUUCACGGAGCUUUGUUGUUGGAGAGUAACAUGGAAGACCAAAGUGGCAUCUGUGACCAUUCCAAGCUCCAUCUUCCAUACUCUUCGUCUGCCACUCAUGCAGUACUUUGGGAACAUCAACACUCUGCUGAGGAUCAUGUCUGUGCUCCCCAGCACAACACUAGAGGACUGUGGUGUCGUCAUGCGCCACAAGAAGUUUCAAGACUACCAGAGAAACGUAAAUCCCAUCGACAGGACUCCAUGUUUGGCUAUGCUGAAUGUGAGCAUGGACUUUAACAGAGACCUGGACCGCAUGGUGACCCAGUGUUUGAAAGUUACUCCACAGGCCUUGGAGGGUAUUUGUUUGGACAAGGAAUCUAAGAGUAUUAUCAAGAACUCUGAAAAUAAUAUGGAAGUCGACUAUGUCGAAGAAGCAGAGGAGUCCAAAGUUCAGCAAUCCACUGAGAAUUUGAUAAAUGAAGAGAUAAAAGCAGAAGAUGAGAAUGGACACACUGGAGAUAAUCGUCAAAGUUUGGCUACAGUUUUCAGGUUGGCUGCGCUCCUUGGAAAAAAGAAUAACAGCCUGAGCGAACUUUCAGAAGAAGACCAAGAGCCACUUGUUCAGGAGCUCAAGAUGUGCCACUGGUUUGGAAAUGAAAGUAGAACCAUACCAUCGGUUAGUGAUGAUGAAAUGGUGAACCUCCUCAUAACUGGAAUCAGAGAUGUCAUACUUAAGGAAAUUCAGGAAUCUCCAUUUUUCUCACUCAUCAUAGAUAAACCUGUUAGAAUUGCUGACAAGACCCACCUGCCUGUUUUUGUUCGAUAUGUUGGGGAAUCUGCUCCAAAGGUUGAGCUCUUGGGUUUUUUGCCAUUUGAUAAAAACAGUAACGCUGAUAGACAAGCAAGUCAUCUUGCAAAGAUUCUCAUUGAAGACUGGGGAUUGUCCAUGUCUCAGUGUCGAGGACAAGCCUUCAUGCAUUUGGGUUUAGGUUAUGAAAGCCUUAAGAAAAUGUCUUUGAAUUUUCUUCAGAGCUACCCACUCUGCGUCAUAACACCCAGUGAGUCUUGUGGUCUUGCCUAUUGGUUGGCCAGUAGUGUGCCUUGCCCCUCAGUGACAAAGAUACUAGACAUCAUUGAAGAUCUGCUGCUGUUCUUUGACGAGUCUCCUUGUCUGGAGGAACAAUUGGCACAAGCUGUUGAUGGGCUUUUGAACAUGCCAAGGGAGGCUUUAGAGGAAUUUCCUGAAACAUUUUGCUCAAAGUGGAAAAAAAGGGAGGACUUUUUUGACAUUCUUGCAGACACAUUAGAUGGUGUUCUUACCUGCCUAGAUGCUGUCAGCUCUAGUGCCAUAGGUGCCAAAUCAGUUCAUGCACAGGUUCUCUCUUCUGCACUAAGAAACAUAGAUUUCAUUGUCACCCUGGUGAUUUUGAAGAAUGCCUGUGCCCCACUUCGUAACUGCAGCACAGUUUUUCGCUGUGGAAACCCUGCCGACAUUCUCUGUGAGGUGGAAAAAAUCCCAUCAAUCAUGGAAACGCUUCAGAAAAUGUUAGAAAAUGUGAACACCAUACACUCAACUUGGUUUGAACAGGCAUUCCAGCUAGCAACCAAGGUUGCUCCUGAACAAGUGUGCUUUUCAGAGGAAGCCAACAACUACGAAUCUCCAGAGAUUUACUACAGAGAAAAUCUGAGCAUUCCCCUCCUCCAAAACCUCAUUGACGAGAUGAAAUAUUGCUUCUCCGACAGCCACUUAAAUGCUCUUUCAGUCCUGUUGUUGUUGCCUUCGUGCAAUCCUCAGCCCAUACUGUCAGAUUCCACAGUCAAGCCUUUCAGCCUCUACCUUACAGAUCUUCCUGAGCUCGAGUCAGCCGAGCAGGAAAUCAACAGAUGGGCCUCUGUCUGGAGAGAAAAAUACCAGGAUGUCGCUCCUCCAGCAUCUGUCACUGAAGCACUCGUCCAUCCUGAGUCCAAGAGUCACCCAACUGUUGCAAUGUUGCUUCGGCUAGUGGCUGUCCUGCCCAGUGUCAGUAUGGAGUGUGACCUGAUGAAGACCACCCUGAACUCAAUAAGGGAUCUGUUUAAAACCACUGUAUGCAGCGGCAGCAAGACAAACCAUGUGAUGCUCUUCUCUCACCGCACAACACUACAGAAGCUGCCAGAAGUUAUUGAGAAGUGCAUGGAGGUUGAUCCAGAAAGCUGUCUAUGUCUGACCCAGGUAAUAGGAGCUCUGCAAAGACUGAAGUUGAGCAAGGGAGAUAAAGUAGAACCAGCAGAAGCCCACAGUACCAGAGAAGCAGUCAAACCUGCGGAUGGAGAGGUGAACCCAGCUGAAAAGGAAACUACACAAGAAGUUGUUCCAGGACCGAGAACCAUAGUCUCCUUCUACGAGCCACAACUGCGUGAACAAAUACUGAAGGAACUGUGGGACUCUCAGUUUUUCACUAUUAUAUUUGAUCAAACUGUUGAAAUUAAUGGUGAGCUAUAUGUCCCAUUGUGCAUCCGGUACUUAAACAAAGAGGACAUUCAGUGUGAGGAAACACUGGCCUUCAUCCCUUUUACUGAAGACCCUGUUGGCCUCACCGAGUCAAUUGAGACAGCUCUGUCUGAGAAGUGGGGGCUCAACAUGGAGUACUGCAGAGGACAGGCAUUACUGAGUGUUGGUAAAGUAGGAGCUCAGAUGAGAGCUGUGAGUCUAUCCAUAGCUCAGAAAUACCCACAUGCUAUUAGAACCGUGAGUUCUGCUUCAUCACUCAACGUAUGGUUGGCUAAAUCAUCUCCUGCCACCGAGGCAGCUGAUGGAGCAGUCCUUAUAGGGAAAGUGUUAGGCUGGCUCACAGAGGACGCAGAACGCCAGAACAAACUGGAAAACAAGAUUGUUGAAGUUUUCCAGCAAGAAGAAGGACAGGGCAGUGAACUGAGUGACCAACUUGUGAAGAACUGGGAGAAGAGUCAUGACAUGCAUAGAUUUAUGAUAGCAAUCAUAGAAGCCGUCAUGCUCUGCUUGUACGAGCUGAAAGAAGAGGGAAGUCCUUUAGACCAGCAGCAAGCAUCCUACUUUUUUGACUCAAUCMGAAACUUUGAGUUUAUCUUUUCAACGGUGGUACUGAUGCAUGUCUUGAGUGUAACUAAAAAGCUUAGUCAGUCACUUCAGGGCAAACCCUUAGACGUGUUGCUCUCUGUGAACACCUUGCCUGACGUCAAAGCGUCGCUCGCUGCCCUCCAGAGCAACAUUGACAGCAAUCACAAGUCCUGGUUCGAGGAAACUGUUGCCCUAGCAUCGAAACUUCACAUCCCAAUGAUGCAUCCAGUGCUUCUAGAGCCGUUGAGUGAGUUUUACAAAGAGUCUGUUAGCACCAGGGUUGUGGAGCACUCAAUAGCAGAAAUUGAUGACCUAUUCACAGAAAAGGUGUUGGAUACCUUGAAAUGUCUGGAGAUUGUGCCUUACGCAAUGUCCAAAGUGGAAACCAGCAUUCUUAGCGGUCUUGUGUUUCGUUUGUAUAAAGAGGACUUGCCAGACCAGUCCUCCCUUCACUCUGAGAUGAAGGAAUGGAAGGAGAAGUGGUUGGAUCCAAUGGCAGGUUAUCUUCCAAGCACUGUGCUUGAUACGCUCAAAACGUCACAGAUCAGAAGUUUCAGUAACAUUGAAACUCUCCUCCGACUUCAGGUCAUCUUGCCAUUUUCAAGGCGAGAGAGCAACUUCAGGCAGGGAAAACGAAGCUUGCUGGAGUUCAUUCAGCAGGAGAAGAGGUCCUUCGCUGAGCUUCAUCCUCUGUAGGAGCUGCAGAACUUUCUGCACAGUAGAGAAGUGGGUUUGCCAGUUAGUGGAUGUCAGCUUUACCUUACUGGAUUAAUGGAUUCUGAACACUGUACAUUAAUGGUUUUUCCUUUGUCAUCCCACAAAGCCCUGUACUGCGUUGCUUUGUUUUUUUAAGUUUUUUUUUCUUUUCUAUUUCUCUGUCUGUAGUUUUGUACAGUUGUACUGCCCAGUGGGACCAAUGUCAUGGAGAAAAAGACGGUUGUCUAUGCUUUUGUGUGCCUUGAUGAGACCCUAAUCUCCAAAUGUUCAAUAAUGUUUAAAAUGUCCUAUCGAUUUUGGAUUGUUAUUCGUUUGUCUCCAUUUUCUGAAAUGACUAGAUGGCUCAUUACUAUUAAAUUGCACCCUUACUCUUUCCUGGGCACAAAUGGAAAUGAUUAGUUCUGUCAUGUUUUCUGAUGAUUUCACGUUUCCUGUCUACUUGCCAGAAAGAAUUUGCUGUAAAACGUAUCUCUGAGAAUAAUGUUUCCUUUUUAGGAAAAUCUUCAUAUAUAUUUGUCAAAAAAAUAAAUAAAAAACCCCAAAACAUUCCAAAAAGAUA